CUCUCAGUCAACAGCGUGUCAGCUUUCCCAGAAAAGAGAGCCUCUUUCUUUGAACUUCUCACACAACACUUACAACCUCUCUCUCUCUCUCUCUCUCUCUGUCUCUCUCUCUCUCUCUCUCUCUGUCUCUCUCUCUCUCUCUCUCUCUGUCUCUCCCUUUCUCUUUCUGCUUCGCUAUAGUUCAUGGCGUUUCUCAAGCCUUUCUCUCUCUACAUUUCCAUGUCCUUGUUGUUCUUCCUCUUCUUUUGCUUCUGCAAAGCCAGUACUACCACCACAAAGUCAUUGUCCCCUUCACCAUCCACUUCCUCUGAUGUUGAACUUCUCUUGGGAAAAAUCAAAGCUUCACUGCAAGGUAACUCUGACAACCUUGUUUUGUCGUCAUGGAACUCCUCUAUCCCACUUUGUCAGUGGAGAGGUCUCAAGUGGGUGUUCUCCAGUGGCACUCCUCUUUCAUGCACUGACUUGUCAUCUCCACAAUCUACCAACCUUACACUCCACAAGGACCCUUCUCUUCACUUGCUUUCUCUUCAGCUCCCAUCAGCAAAUCUCUCUGGUUCCCUCCCCAGAGAGCUCGGGGGGUUCCCUAUGCUUCAAAGUCUUUACCUUAACAUAAAUUCAUUGCAGGGAGCCAUCCCUCUUGAGCUUGGCUACAGCUCCUCCCUCUCUGACAUUGAUUUGAGUGACAAUAUGCUAAGUGGGGUUCUUCCUCCGUCCAUUUGGAACUUGUGUGACAGGCUUGUUUCCAUUAGGCUCCAUGGUAAUUCACUAUCUGGGUCUGUUUCUGAGCCUGCAUUGCCCAACUCAUCCUGCAAGAAUUUGCAGUUGCUUGAUUUAGGAGGCAAUAAGUUUUCCGGGAGUUUCCCUGAGUUCCUAACAAAGUUUGGUGGGCUAAAUCAGCUUGACUUGGGGAACAACUUGUUCAUGGGUACAAUUCCUCAAAGCCUUGCUGGGCUAAAGCUUGAAAAAUUGAAUCUUUCCCACAAUAACUUCAGUGGGGUUUUGCCUUUCUUUGGAGAAUCCAAGUUUGGUGUGGAUGCUUUUGAGGGGAAUAGCCCUGGUUUAUGUGGACCACCUUUGGCAAGCUGUGCUAGGACCUCAGCACUGAGUUCUGGUGCAGUUGCUGGCAUUGUUAUUAGUCUGAUGACGGGAGCUGUGGUUUUAGCCUCUUUGCUGAUUGGGUAUAUGCAGAACAAGAAGAGGAAGGGGAGUGGAGAGAGUGAAGAUGAGUUGAAUGAGGAAGAGGAAGAUGAAGAGAAUGGUGGUAAUGCUAUAUGUGGAGCUGGUGAAGGGAAGCUUAUGUUGUUCCCUGGAGGUGAGAAUUUGACAUUGGAUGAUGUGUUAAAUGCAACUGGGCAAGUGUUGGAGAAGACUUGUUAUGGGACAGCUUAUAAGGCUAAGCUUGCUGAUGGAGGCACAAUUGCUUUGAGAUUGUUGCGAGAAGGUAGCUGCAAAGAUAGGGCUUCAUGUUUGUCAGUUAUAAAGCAAUUGGGAAAAAUUCGCCAUGAGAAUUUGAUUCCUUUGAGAGCUUUCUAUCAGGGGAAGAGAGGGGAGAAGCUCCUUAUCUAUGACUAUCUGCCUCUCAGAACCCUUCAUGAUCUUUUACAUGAACCUAAAGCCGGAAAACCAGUACUGAACUGGGCCAGACGACACAAGAUUGCAUUAGGCAUAGCGAGAGGUCUAGCCUAUCUUCACACAGGACUAGAAGUUCCUAUCACUCAUGCAAAUGUAAGGUCGAAGAAUGUGCUUGUGGAUGACUUCUUUGCAGCAAGGCUAACUGAUUUUGGCCUGGACAAGCUGAUGAUUCCUUCCAUAGCAGACGAAAUGGUGGCGCAGGCCAAGACCGACGGCUACAAGGCUCCGGAGCUUCAAAGAAUGAAGAAAUGCAGCUCGAGGACGGAUGUCUAUGCUUUUGGCAUACUACUGCUUGAAAUCUUGAUUGGGAAGAAGCCUGGGAAGAAUGGAAGAAGUGGUGAGUAUGUGGACUUGCCCUCAAUGGUGAAGGUGGCAGUUUUGGAGGAGACAACAAUGGAAGUGUUUGAUGUGGAACUGUUGAAAGGGAUAAGAAGUCCUAUGGAAGAUGGGUUGGUGCAGGCAUUGAAGCUGGCAAUGGGGUGCUGUGCACCUGUGGCAUCUGUGAGGCCAAGCAUGGAUGAAGUUGUGAGGCAGUUGGAAGAGAAUAGACCAAGGAACAGGUCUGCAUUAUACAGCCCUACAGAAACAAGAAGUGGCAGUGUUACACCAUUUUGAGGUUUCAGUUCAACAUGCUUAUUAAUCAAACUAUUGAUUUUCACUUACUACUUACGUUGUGUUUUCCUCUUUUUCUCAUCUGAAUGAGAGGGAAGUUUAUGAUGGUCUAGAGAAUGCUGUAAUUUUUUGUUUUUCUUUUCUCCAUAACUCUUUGCUUUAGGUAGCCCCUAUUGUUUUUUAAAUCAAAUAUAGUCACACAAUUAUGCA